UCAGCCGUCGUGUCAGUAGUCUGUCUGUGUGUGGCACAGGGCAACGACGCCGGACGGAGAGCAAACGUGAGAGCGGACUACAGCGUGUACCACCUUCCAGUCUUUCCUCAAACUCUUUUCAAAUAUCGGAUGUACAUUUUGGCACGACUUAUUACUCAUUUGCGUUUUGGAGGGAUUUACACGACCGGCCAGCGGAGUGAGUGGCGGAGUUUUGUGCGGGCGAAGUGAGUAAACCUUUGGCGCUCGGGACGAGAAGCAGUUGAGUCUCUCCAGUCGCCUUCUAGACUCCGGGCGAGAAAGAGACCGGAGAUGGUCGAGUUCCGUUCGUGGAACUGAAACAUGAACAUUUCGACGCGAUAGUCCUCCAGAGUUUUCAGGAAAAGCGGCUCCGCGUUAUAAAGUGGUGCGUUUGGACGCGUGGAGACGCCAAGGCAGGUGAAAAGGUUCGAGGCUCGGAUCAGAGAGAGAGAGAGAGAAGGGGUGUGUGCGCGCGCGCGUGUGUGCCCCCCCGCAGCUGUGGCCGAUGCGCUGAAUUACACCGGGGUCAUCUCCAUCCAGCAAAGCGGCGAGCCUCCGAGAAAUAAAGGAUACAUUUCGCGAUGUAUCCGCAGGGCCGGCAUCCGGCGCCCCACCAGCCUGGUCAGCCAGGCUUUAAAUUCACUGUGGCAGAAUCGUGCGACAGAAUCAAGGACGAAUUCCAGUUCCUGCAAGCUCAGUAUCACAGUCUGAAGGUGGAGUAUGACAAACUGGCCAACGAGAAGACCGAGAUGCAGCGCCACUAUGUCAUGUACUAUGAGAUGUCCUAUGGGCUGAACAUUGAAAUGCACAAACAGACUGAGAUUGCUAAAAGGCUUAACGCCAUCCUGGUUCAGAUCAUGCCCUUUCUGUCACAAGAGCACCAACAGCAGGUUGCACAGGCUGUUGAACGUGCCAAGCAAGUGACAAUGACUGAGCUGAAUGCCAUCAUCGGGGUACGUGGACUUCCCAAUCUGCCUUUGACCUAUGUCUUUCCGCAGCAGCAGCAGCUUCAGGCGCAGCACCUCUCUCAUGCUGCUCAUGGGCCUGUGGCUCUUCCCCCUCACCCCUCGGGCCUGCAGCCCCCAGGCAUCCCACCAGUUACAGGUACUGGCUCAGGCCUGCUGGCACUAGGAGCAUUGGGCAGCCAGCCCCACCUGCCUGUGAAGGAUGAGAAGAACCACCAUGACCUAGAGCACAGAGAGAGCACGAACAACUCUAUUUCCCCUUCUGACAGCCUUCGUACUGCCAGCGAGAAACAUCGUGGUUCCUCAGACUAUAGCUUGGAAUCCAAAAAGCGAAAAAUGGAAGAGAAGGACAACAUGAGCAGAUAUGAUAGUGAUGGAGAUAAAAGUGAUGAUCUAGUGGUCGACGUUUCUAAUGAGGACCCUGCUACACCCCGAGGCAGCCCAGCACACUCCCCACCAGAAAACGGCAUUGACAAGCCCCGCCCUCCCAAAAAGGAUACACCUAAUAGUCCUGCGUCAGUGGCCUCAUCUGGCAGCACACCUUCUUCUAAAACCAAGGAGCAUGGCCAUAAUGACAAAUCCUCCACACCUGGUCUCAAGUCCAACACUCCCACUCCGCGGAAUGAUGCCCCGACCCCCGGCACCAGCACCACUCCAGGGUUGCGGCCCAUCCUUGGCAAACCCCCCAUGGAAGCUCUGGCCGCUCCUGCUUUGCGCACUCCACUUUCUAUCGCUGGCUCUUACCCAGCUCCUUUUGCCAUGAUGGGUCACCAUGAGAUGAAUGGCUCACUCACAAGCCCUGGGGUCUACGCCGGCCUACACAUCUCUCCCCAGAUGAGUGUGGCUGCUGCUGCUGCAUACGGUCGUCCAUCCAUUGCUGGUUUUGAUCAUCCUCAUAUGAGAGCCCCAGGCCUUCCUGCCAGCCUCACGUCAAUUUCUGGGGGAAAACCGGCCUACUCAUUCCAUGUUAGUGCUGAUGGACAGAUGCAGCCUGUGCCCUUCCCUCCCGAUGCUCUAAUGGGCCCUGGGAUCCCACGUCAUGCUCGGCAGAUCAACACCCUAAGCCACGGCGAGGUGGUAUGUGCGGUCACCAUCAGCAACCCUACACGUCACGUCUACACUGGAGGCAAGGGCUGUGUGAAGAUCUGGGACAUCAGCCAGCCUGGCAGCAAGAGUCCUGUGUCCCAGCUAGACUGUCUGAACCGGGACAACUACAUCCGUUCCUGCAAGCUGUUGCCUGACGGUCGUACGCUGAUUGUGGGUGGCGAAGCAAGUACCCUGACCAUCUGGGAUUUGGCCUCACAGACGCCACGCAUCAAAGCUGAGCUGACCUCAUCAGCCCCAGCCUGCUACGCUCUGGCCAUCAGCCCUGAUGCCAAGGUCUGUUUCUCCUGUUGUAGUGACGGGAACAUUGCCGUCUGGGACCUCCAUAAUCAGACGCUUGUCAGGCAGUUCCAGGGCCACACAGAUGGUGCUAGCUGUAUUGACAUCUCUCAUGAUGGCACUAAACUGUGGACGGGUGGCCUGGACAACACUGUGCGCUCGUGGGAUCUGAGAGAGGGGCGACAGCUGCAGCAACACGAUUUCACCUCUCAGAUCUUUUCACUGGGUUACUGCCCAACGGGCGAGUGGCUGGCCGUGGGCAUGGAGAGCAGCAAUGUGGAGGUGCUCCACCACACCAAGCCGGACAAGUAUCAGCUCCACCUGCAUGAGAGCUGUGUGCUGUCUCUCAAAUUCGCCUAUUGUGGUAAAUGGUUCGUGAGCACUGGAAAGGACAAUCUGUUGAACGCGUGGAGGACUCCCUACGGCGCCAGCAUAUUCCAGUCAAAGGAAUCAUCCUCAGUCCUGAGCUGUGACAUCUCUGCAGAUGACAAGUAUAUUGUCACCGGCUCUGGUGACAAGAAGGCCACAGUGUAUGAGGUGAUCUACUAGACAGUGGUAACAGAGUGGAGAAGCUCAUCCCAUGUUAAAAAGGAGAAAUGAGGAAUGCUGUCUUGGGGAAACCACACUCCUUUUCUCCUAGCCAGAUAAACAGUUCAGCACCUAUCUACCUGACACAUCCCCUCAUCACCCCUUUUUCAUGGACUGCGUGACAAACAGCUGGAUGGACUAGUCAGAUUUGGACUUAUUUAAAACAGGACUUGAACUGGACUGGAGAGGACUGGGCAGCAUUUAGCCCAGUUACUAAUGCUUCUUACUUGCUCAUUCCUUGCCCACUAAACCCAAUGUAGGGCAUUUGGCACUAGAAAAGAGAAUCUUUUUUUGUUGUUGUUGUUUUUUUCUUUUUCCCCCAGUGUUGGAUUUUGUCUUUAUUUUUAUUAUUAUUAUUUUUUAAUAAGGUAAGAAUGUUGCAGCAUGAAGCGGCGCUUCAAUCUGAAACUUUAUUCAUGUGGAGGUUUUGUGAAAAGUGUACAUAAUGGAGUAUUAAAAGGCCUUUUAUAGAUUUA